CAGCCAAGCGGGCAGCACUGGCUGUGUAUAAACAGUUGGCAAGAAUAGAAAUCGAAAAACAGAAGUUUUUUGGACGAAAUGGCAGCGUAAAAACCCAUUAAGGGCAUUUCCAUUAUUGCACGAGCGACUUUCCGACGGGGAAUAUAUAUACACAUAGACAGAAGCGUCGAAGAUAGCAAAAUACCCGGAACAUAUUGAUACAUAUGGACGUAGACUUCAAGAUAACGCAACAAGAAGAAGUACUACCGAUAAUAUAUAAUGGUGGCGGCCAAGUACGAGCGCCUGAAUUCUGCUGAGGCGGGCGGAGGAAAUGGAAAUGGGAAUGGAAAUGGAAAUGCCAGCGAUGCGGAAGACGAGGAGAUCGAGCUCAACUUGGCCCAGAAAACUCAACAGCUGAACAAUGGCCAUCGUUUGCGUCAGAGCAACUUCAAAUACGCCAGCGGAAAGUCGUCGGGUUCGGUGGAAUCCCGUGGAGCGGCGGGAGAAACGGCCACGUUGGCCCAGGAGGAGAACAUGAUGAUGCAAAUGGCCGUGGGCACUCUGGCCAUCAUCUUCCUGUACUUAACACUCUCCAUAUCGCUGACCUUCUAUCAAACGGACAUCAACCGGCAGAUGCCCUUUCCCCUGGCCAUUGUCACCUAUCAUCUGGUGGUGAAGUUCCUGCUGGCCGCCUUGGCGCGGAGGAUCUACAGGCUGCGGAUGGGCCGGUCGAGGGUCCAGCUGGAUUGGCGCGUGGCCCUGAGGAAGAUGGCUCCAACGGGCGUGGCCAGUGCCAUCGAUAUUGGGUUCUCCAACUGGGGAUUGGCCCUGGUCCCCAUUUCCCUGUACACCAUGACCAAGUCAUCGACCAUCGUGUUCAUCCUGCUGUUCGCCAUCGCCUUGGGAUUGGAAAAGAAGAGCUGGUAUCUGGUGUCGAUUGUGGGCCUGAUAGGCACGGGCCUGGUGAUGUUCACCUACAAGUCCACGCAGUUCAAUGCCCUGGGCUUCUUUUUCAUCCUCUUCGCCUCGCUAAGCAGCGGAUUGCGCUGGAGUUUUGCGCAGUUCAUAAUGCAGAAAUCGAAGCUGGGCUUGCACAACCCCAUAGACAUGAUAUACUACAUGCAGCCGUGGAUGAUUGCCUCGCUGGUGCCGCUGGUUAUGGGAAUCGAAGGUGCCAAACUCGCCGCGGUUCUUGAAGAUCUGCACAAAUACACCUCGAGUGAGAUAACCUGGGCCAUUGCCAGGAUCACAGCCGGCGCCCUGCUGGCCUUCCUCAUGGAGUUCACCGAGUUCCUGGUGCUGUGCAAGACCUCCAGCCUGACCCUCUCGAUAGCCGGCAUUUUUAAGGACAUCUGCCAGUUGGCGCUCGCGGUGACGCUGAAAAAAGACCAGCUGAGUGUUAUCAACUACAUUGGCCUGGUCAUUUGCCUGGCUGGCAUUGUUUGCCACCUGCUGCACAAGUACAGCAACAUGAAGGAGACGCAGCGGCAGCAGAAGGACCUAGAAUUCGACAACGACCAGGAUGAGUCGUCGCCGGGGGAAUAUAAAUUCAACAGCGAGGGCAGUGCCAUUGUGGGUGUGCACGUGAAAUCGCAUUCCACGCUGACGGUGCCGCUGCUGGAGCAAACCGACUCGGAGGACGAGUCGGGCAUUGAUGCUAGCAACAAACAAAACGCCUCCGAUGUGAUCUUCGAUGUGCUGAAACGACGCGACAUGCAGCGAUGAAAAACGCUGAUCCUUGUACAGAUCGCAUGUAAAUGUUGUAAAUUCAAAAGACCUUUAUGUUAAACUACUUACUGCAAAACGACACUGGGAUAGCAAUGCAGGUUUUAUGUAAGCUAGUUAGUUCGAAAUUUUCCAUUCCUUUUUGAAACGAAAGAUUCCCCACAUUCCCGCUUUGUGCAUUUAGCAGCUAGGCUAGAUUUAUGAGAUAUAUAUCAAAUUGAAAGUGUGUGUGUGGCUAUCCCGGUUGAAUAACACUCUUAUUUGAGUUAUCUUAGGGAUCACAAGUUAUCUUUGGGCAAUAAUCAGUAAACAGUAAAUUUCCUUUGCAUUUAAAAUAUUUUUUCACAUUUAGAUCUUGUAAAAAUAACAAAUAGCUAUCUAAUUUUACGUUUUUAAAGGUAAAUCUCUUAGUAAUUGUCCAAAGAUAACUUCGCGCCCCAAUUACUAUCUCGUUUUUUUCGUAGAAACUCACUUUUAAGUCCCAAAACCUAUGUAAAAAUAAGACAUAAGAAAGCCUUAAUCACCUUUUUAUUGUUCCUUAAUCAACAGCUCUUAUUUGGCACUCCAAAUUUAAAUGUAAAUCCUUUUAGUUGUAAGCGAUUUUGAAUUUGACACUCCCGACAAAUGUCUGAUAAAAUUAAACAAGGGCCAUUGUUUUAACUUACCAUAUUAUAAAUAAUGUCUUUGUUG